AACUAAUAUCCUAGCCUAUUCUGUGCUUCAACAUAAUUGCUGUUACAUAUCAGCAGCCAGCUAGAGCUUCCAAUGAGAAUUCCUCUGUUUUCAUGGCAUUUAUUAAUCCUUAUUCACUAUGUUUCACUCAGCGUCCAUGUAUUUGUGGUCUCUAGUCAAUGUCCCAGCGACGAUCAGCAAUCUUUGUUGCUCCAAUUGAAGAACAGCCUCAAAUUUGACUCUGCAAAAUCUAACAAACUUAAGCAGUGGAAAAAUGGUUCAGAUUACUGUUCUUGGGAAGGUGUGUCUUGCAAAGAUGGAUGUGUUUCUCAUCUCGACUUAAGCAGCGAGUCAAUUUCAGGAGGACUUGAUAAUUCAAGUGCUCUUUUUGAUCUGCAGUACAUCGAGAACCUGAAUUUGGCUUACAAUAACUUCGAGUAUACUCAGAUUCCAUCCAAGUUUGACAAGCUGACCGGUUUGAAUUAUCUGAACCUGUCAUAUGCUGGCUUUGUGGGGCAGAUUCCAAUUGAGAUUGCACACCUGACGAGGUUGGUAACUCUUGAUUUAUCUACCUUUUGCUUUUCCGGACUUCCUUCACUGCAACUUGAGAAUCCAAAUUUGAAUAUACUCCUUGGCAACCUUUCUGAGCUUGUUGAACUUCAUCUUGAUGGUGUGAACAUAUCAGCGCAGGGGACUGAUUGGUGCCAAGCGAUAUCGUCUUCAUUGCCAAAGUUGAGGGUGUUGAGCUUGUUCUGUUGUAAUCUGUCAGGUCCUAUUGAUAUUUCCUUAUUGAAGCUUCACGCACUCUCAGACAUUCGUUUAGAUUACAAUGAUUUGUCUGCUGAAGUUCCAGAGUUCUUCUCAGAUUUCCCAAAUUUGAAUUCCUUGAGCCUUAGUGCUUCUGGAUUACAUGGUGCAUUCCCAAAGAAGAUCUUCCACGUACCUACACUACAGACUAUUGACUUGUCGGGUAAUCAACAGCUUCAAGGUUCUUUACCAGAAUUUCCAAAGAACCGAUCACUUCGUUCCUUGGUUCUAAGUGAGACAAAUUUUUCGGGGUCAUUUCCAAUCUCUAUUGGCGACCUCAAAAUGUUGUCCAUAAUAGACGUUUCAUUUUGCAAUUUCACUGGAGCAAUUCCAACGUCAAUGGAAGAACUUACACAGUUGUUUUAUUUGGACUUGUCAUGGAACAAGUUCAAUGGUUCACUUCCAUUCUUCAGUAUGGCUAAGAAUCUGACCCUAAUAAAUCUUUCUUCCAAUCAGCUAACAGGUCAGAUUAAUUCCUCUCAAUGGGAAAACCUUACUAACCUCUUGAAUCUCGACUUGAGGAACAAUCUACUUGAUGGGAAAAUUCCCAUGACUCUGUUUUCUCAUCCCCUGCUGCAAAAACUACAACUCUCCAACAAUCAAUUCUCUGGCCAAUUACUUGAAUUUGCUAAUAUCUCUGUGUUAGGCACCCUUGAUUUGAGUAGCAACCAUUUGAUAGGGCCAAUACCCAUGUCUAUCUUUAACCUCCGAGCACUUAAGAUUCUUUCACUUUCUUCAAACAACUUCAGUGGUUCCUUUCCUCUUAAUGGUAUUCAGCAGCUAAGAAAUCUUUCAGCUCUUGAUCUUUCAUACAAUAGCUUGUCGAUUACUUAUGAUGAUACCAUUUCCUCUGACUCUUCCUUUCCUCAAAUUACCAGUUUGGGAUUAGCUUCGGGAAAGUUGAGAAGAUUCCCAGAUUUCUUGAGAAAUCAAUCCUACUUAAGCUAUUUGGACCUUUCACAAAACCAGAUUCAUGGAGAGAUACCCAACUGGAUUUGGAGGUUCAAUCAUCUUUCUGAACUAAAUCUUUCUUGCAACUCUCUAGUAACUCUAGAAGGUCCUUUCCUCAAUCUCACUUCUACUUUGACUAUGCUUGACCUUCAUUCCAACCAGCUUCAGGGACAAAUCCCAAUUCCACGAUCUGCCACUUAUCUAGAUUAUUCAAGAAAUAAUUUCAGCUCUACCAUACGGACUGACAUUGGAGAUUUCUUUACUUACACUCUGUUCUUCUCUCUUUCAAGCAACAAAUUCCACGGAAUCAUUCCAGAUUCAAUAUGCAAAGCGCUAGAUCUUGAGGUUCUUGAUCUGUCCAAUAAUUCUUUCAGUGGCAUGAUUCCACGGUGCUUGACUGCAAUGAGCGAUGGUCUUGGAGUACUUAAUUUACAGAGGAAUAAACUUUCUGGCAUCAUUCCUGAUAAAUUUCCUGAGCAUUGCGCUUUAAGAACCUUAGAGCUCAAUGAAAAUCAAAUAGAAGGUCAGUUUCCAAAUUCUCUAGCCAACUGCACAAUGUUAGAGUUUCUAAAUGUUGGAAACAAUAGGAUAACAGAUACCUUUCCUUGCAUGUUGAAGAGCAUAUCCACCUUGCGUAUCCUCGUUUUGCGAUCAAACAAAUUUUAUGAGCACAUUGGAUGUCCCAAUACCAAUGAAACCUGGCCAAUGCUUCAAAUUGUUGACAUAGCUCACAACAAUUUUAGUGGUGAAAUACCAGGAAGAUACUUGAGAACCUGGCGAGCAAUGAUGGCUCACAAAGAUGAUGCUUUGUCAAAUCAUUUUCGAUAUGAAGUCCUAAAAUUCACCGAGGUAUAUUUCCAGGAUGCUAUAACUGUUACCAACAAAGGUCUAGAGAUGGAGUUGGUAAAGAUUCUAACUGUCUUCACCUCGAUUGACAUGUCGUGCAACAAGUUCAAUGGAUCAAUACCUGAAGAAUUGGGAGAACUGAAAUCACUCUAUGGCCUCAACUUGUCCAAUAAUGCUCUCACAGGCACAAUCCCAUCAUCAUUAGGUAACCUGCGACAACUUGAGUCGUUAGACCUUUCAAAGAACAGCCUGAGCGGGCCAAUUCCAGCAGAGGUUGGGGGUCUUACUUUCCUAUCAUUCCUGGAUCUCUCAAACAAUCAACUGGUCGGGCAGAUCCCAUUCAGUACUCAGAUUUCAACAUUUCCAGCAGCAUCCUUUGCAGGUAACAAAGGACUAUGGGGGCCUCCUUUGACGGUGGUGGAUAACAAAGCAGGAUUGUCACCACCACUAGCAUUAAAUGGAAGCCUUCCAAAUUCUGGCCAUCAUGGGAUUAAUUGGGAUCUUAUCAGUGUUGAAAUUGGAUUCACAGUUGGCUUUGGAUUUGCCAUUGGGUCACUUACGUUCUGCAAGAGAUGGAGUAAAUGGUAUUACAAAGCUAUGUAUAACAUCCUUCUCAAGAUAUUCCCUCAGAUGGAGGAAAGAAUUGGUAUUCAUCGAAGACAUGUUCACAUAAAUCAAAGGUGGAGACGUUGAAAUGAUUAUGAGGAACAAUGCAGCUUG